AUGACUGCAGUACAAACCCUUCUGGCCAUCCUAACAGCUAUCAUCUGCGUGGUUCUCGCGCUAUACAACGAUGCAUCUAGUAUACCUACCACUCCAAUCCAGUGGAAACCGUGCAGCUUGAACGAAAGCGCUACAAUACCCCCCGAGCAACAGGUAUCAACUCAAUGCGGCACGAUAACUGCACCUCUGGACUACACCGAUCCAUCUCGCUCAACUGUUGACCUUCGCCUCGUUAAGAUCCCUUCACUUAGUAAGCCGUCACAGGGCAGCAUUCUCUUCAACUUUGGCGGCCCAGGUGAACCCGGAUAUACAUAUUUUGCCGCAUAUGGACAGCGUCUACAGGCAAUUGCAGGUCAAAAUCAUGAUCUUAUCCUCGUCGUCCCUCGUGGAACAGUAGAUGGAUCAUUGCUGUUCGAGUGCUAUGAAAGUACAGUAGCCCGCGACAGCGAUGCGCUGGUGAGGCGUAUUCUUGCCGGAGGUGCAACAGACGUUGCGUUGGGGGAUAUCUGGGCGAAUGCGGCAGGUUUCGCUAAGACGUGUGAGAGACACCAGAAUCAGACAGGCAGAUUCAUAGGGUCAGCGACCACGGCGAGGGAUAUUAUGGGUGUAGUUGAUGCGCUUGAUGAGGAUGGUAUGUUGAGGUUCUGGGGUUUCUCAUAUGGCACAUUCGUGGGCUCUAUCCUUGCCGCAACAUAUCCCGAUAGAAUCCAUCGAAUGGUAUUGGAUGGUGUAAUUAACGGCCACGAAAUCCAGCAAGGCUUCGACAUCGAGGCACCAUCAGACGCAGAUAAGGCUCUAUCCGGAUUCUGUUCUGCGUGUGUUGAAAACAAGUCAGAGUGUUCGGCGGCACGCGAUCUUACUGCCGACGAGCUUGAGUCCCAGAUCUAUGCAUCAAUUGAAGAGAUAAGGCUUGAUCCCAUGUCCUUUUUCAUCGAGGGUGCUGGUGCUUUUGUUCUCGAUUACACGAACGUCAAGUUCUUUAUUUACUUCUACCUCUACUACUCAAACACCUGGCCUAUGCUCGCAAGUCUCAUCGAUGCACUGGUUCGGAAAGACCGUGAAGGACUGAACACGUAUGUACAAUCUUUUGUUGGCAAUGGUGGUCAGGCUGCAAUCAGCAAUGCACCUAUCGAGCAUAUGAUUGGAAUACGGUGCAGUGACAUCGUGUCCCCUCCAACUUCCGAUCUUGCAAACGUUCGCAAGUUCUUCGAAGCCCGCAUGGCGUCUAGUCGGAUUGGCGGCGACCUCACUCUCUUUAUCAACGCGAACUGCGCCCAAUGGCCUAUGGCCGAUGUAGUACAGUAUAAGGGGACAUUCGCGGCGCAGACGAAGAAUCCGAUCUUGUUCGUGGGCAACCGAGCAGACCCAAUCACUCCGAUGGUGUCCGCGCGCAAUAUGAGUGCUUCGUUCGAGGGCAGUGUGGUAAUGCAGCACGAUAGCUAUGGACACACCACUCUCCUCAGUGGAGCCUCUCUCUGUACUGCGAAGACGAUCCAGAGUUACUUCCUCUCUGGACAGCUACCUGAGCCCGGGACGGUUUGUCCGACUGAUGUGUCCCGUUUCGCGAGUGAUAAUGGGUGGGACAAAGUCACUCAGGCUUUGACAGCAUCUGCAAGCUAGAAAAUUGUUUGGAAGUUCAGUGAGUUGUUAUAGUUACUAUACUGCCUAGUAUGAAUCGCUAUUAAGCAUACGGCACUAUCUUGUUAGCAAGGCUCAGGGAAUAUUAUCCUUUCACAUAGUGGACCAUACUACAGUGCGGGAUUCUUCAUUCGACAAGACCUGAAUCCCUUACCCACACUUAUGCU